GAUGCUAAUUAAAGUGAAGACGCUGACUGGAAAGGAGAUUGAGAUCGACAUUGAACCCACAGACAAGGUGGAGCGAAUCAAGGAACGUGUAGAAGAGAAAGAGGGCAUCCCCGCACCACAGCAGAGGCUCAUCUACAGUGGCAAACAAAUGAAUGAUGAGAAGACAGCAGCUGAUUACAAGAUCCUAGGUGGUUCAGUCCUCCACCUAGUGUUGGCUCUUAGAGGAGGAGGUGGUCUUGGGCAGUGAUGAACCUCGGUUCCAUUUUACCUCCUUGCCCUGUCGCUCAUAAUGAAGCAUCACAUAUCCUCUCACGCUCUGGGACACCAGAACUUCUGCCCCCUCCCUUGGAUGCCCAGUCUUGUGUGUCUACUGGUGGGAGAAUGUGAGGACACCAGGGUGCAGUGCUCC